UUAACUCGGCGGGGUUUGAAUGUAAACUAAAACCGUGUAGAAUUGCAGGCAGAGGCUAUCGUAGUGUCGCGGAACCGCAGGACCUUCGCUGUUGUCUUUCGGCCGUGGCUAGCGAAGAUGACAGAGCUAAGGCACCGUGGAGCUGCGGACACCGAGGCGACGUUACAACACCAGCCGUCCGAAGACAAGGGUUCAGACAGUGAGCUAAGGUCGGAAAAAGAUGGCGGGUCAGACAGCACCCCCAAAAUGGACUCAGGGAUCCCCGAGGUGCCAGUGCCACCUGAUGACACACCAGAGGUUUUAAAUAAAGCCCUGUCCGGACUCUCCUCAAGAUGGAAGAACUGGUGGGUUCGAGGGAUCCUUACACUUGCUAUGAUUUCCUUCUUCUUCCUCAUCAUCUACCUUGGCCCCAUGGUUCUUAUGAUGAUUGUCCUGUGUGUUCAGAUAAAAUGCUUCCAAGAAAUCAUCACCAUUGGUUACAGCGUUUACCACUCGUAUCAUCUGCCAUGGUUCAGGACACUGAGUUGGUACUUCCUGCUCUGCGUCAAUUACUUCUUCUACGGUGAGACCGUCACAGAUUACUUCUUCACACUGGUGCAAAGGGAAGAACCUCUUCGCAUCCUCAGCAAAUACCAUCGCUUUAUCUCCUUUGCCCUCUACCUCACAGGUUUCUGCAUGUUUGUGCUGAGUUUGGUGAAGAAGCACUACCGCCUUCAGUUUUACAUGUUUGGGUGGACUCAUGUGACUUUGCUGAUUGUGGUGACUCAGUCUCACCUCAUCAUUCAUAACCUGUUUGAAGGAAUGAUUUGGUUUAUCGUGCCGAUUUCCUGUGUGAUCUGUAAUGAUAUUAUGGCCUACAUGUUUGGGUUCUUCUUCGGCCGCACCCCCCUCAUUAAGCUGUCGCCAAAGAAGACGUGGGAGGGAUUCAUCGGUGGAUUCUUCGCUACCAUUUUGUUUGGCAUCAUGCUCUCCUACGUGAUGGCAGGCUACCGCUACUUUGUAUGUCCGGUAGAGUUCAACAACGAUUCCAACAGUUUCCAGGUGGACUGCGAGCCGCCUGAACUUUUCCAGCUUCAGGACUACACCCUUCCCAGCAUCCUGGAGUCUAUCACUGGAUGGACCACAGUUCGUCUCUACCCGUUCCAGAUCCACAGCAUCGCUCUGUCCACAUUUGCGUCCAUCGUCGGACCCUUUGGUGGUUUCUUUGCCAGCGGCUUUAAGAGGGCCUUUAAGAUAAAGGAUUUUGCCAACACUAUUCCAGGGCACGGUGGCAUAAUGGACCGAUUCGACUGCCAGUACCUCAUGGCCACAUUUGUAAAUGUCUACAUUGCUAGUUUCAUCAGGGGCCCCAACCCCAGCAAGGUUAUCCAACAGCUCCUGGCCCUUCGCGCAGACCAGCAGCUCUACAUCUUCAAUUCUCUAAAGGCUCACCUAACGGAGAAGGGCUUGCUCCCCGCGCUGGAGGAAGCGGCAGCCUAGAGCUGUCCACAGCCAGUAUCGGCUUGUGGUGGAGGGAGGCACAUGGAGGCUCUGUGGGAGACUCAAAAUGCUUUUCAGUGAGCAAAAAAAGGAAAAUCAACUGAAGAAAUAGGCACACUUGUUUCAUUCUUUUUUUGAAUGUGGCUAUGAGUUGUGUGCAUCCAUACUAUAUGUGAAUCACGUUACACAAGCGUUUCUUCUAGGUUCAAGUACUGUACACCUUUCCAUCCAAACCUUUCAAUCUAUUCCCAUUGUUUUUUUUAAUCCUAUUCACAAUAUUAUCUGAAUACCUGAAUUGUGUGUUGACAUUUUAUUGUGCAUCUUUUCUUUUUAAUGCACUGCUCUCAAUCGUGUCACUUACUGUAUUUUUACCUCCUCCCUUUUGAGGUUUUUGGUUGUGAUUCUUAUUUAUACAGUUUUUUUUAUAUAUAUAUAUGAGCUACGUUCAGCUAUAUCUGGGAGUUUCUUUUAUUUAAACAAUAGUUGAUCAUAACUGUUACAUCGACUGUAAGUAUAUUUAACGGUCUUUUCAAUGCCAUUCAUCAUUUCACGACCUUAACCACAUCAUGCGUUAUGUUCUGUCACGUUUAUAAAAAAAAAAAAAAAAAAAAGUCUGAAUGAAUCGGCAGGACCAGGUGCUGCUAUGUGAUUCCCAUCUUUAGUUUGAGGAGGACCUCUAAAAGUAAAUUCAGCGUCAGGCGUGGGGUCACUGACACUUUCUAUAAUAACCGCAUGAACACGAACAGCUUGUUUUUGUUGGACAUUAAGCUUUUGUUGUGCUGACGUUUUGAUCAGGACGUGUCAAUGUUUUUUACAUUGUUAUAUUGGCUGUCAGUGGUAAUUGUGAUGCUCCUUACAAUGCUCAAAGGGAACAUUUGGAUCCUUUCAUCACUGCCAUCGUCUGCUUGAACUCGUGCUGAGAUCAGAAUUCCAGAGCAGAUACUGAGUUUUUUUUAAACAACCAGUGGCUGAAAGGAAGGUUUAUUAACAGCAGCACAAGUGUUAUGUUGACUGGUUAGAUUGAGUCUUAUUUUGCAUUUUUAAGUAUUUUCCCACAGUUUUAGAUGUGCCACUCCAAUUAUAUUUGUAGUUUGUAAGUGGAGAAAAUGCAACAGAAAUGUAAUUUGUUAUAACGUAAGGAUACAUUCACGUCCAUUUAAAGUUAAAUUAUUUUUAUAUCUGCUUUCUUUCUGAGACUUGACCAGUCAUAAAGCGUUCUGGCAAAUAACUCAAAAAUAAUGAUUGGUGUUAUUCGACACGCCUUUAAAAUAACCUUUCAGCGCUGCAAAGCUAGUAUGGUAUUCAUGUCAUUUCAAUUAACCCAGCCAAAAAUAGAAUGGAAGCUACACAGACUGCUGUUGUGUCCUUUCAUCAGGAUUAUUUUGUUGUUGUUACAGCGUUUGUGUUCGUGUGGUUUUUCUCAAGCCCUCUUUGUUCGAGGCGGCCACUAGAGGGAGGCAGAGUACCCGUCAUCUGCUUAUGUUCGAAAACACAUUUGACCAGUGACAAUUUAUAUAUAUAUAUAUAUAUAUAUUAUAUUUAUUCCUCAUAGCACAUAGAGGCAUAGUAAAAACAUAAAUGCUAGUUUAACUAGAUUCAAUAGGAAGAUCGGAUUUGUGUGCCACCCAGGAAGCCAUUUUGGACCAUAAUGACAAUUCUGCCAAGCAGGACCUUUUAUUAAAAUGUAUUACAGUGGCGCAACAUAUUGUUCGCUCGCCUUCAAGGACAUUUCAUUGUGUGGUUCUUCUAUUAAUUGAUAUAUGUUCUAUUAUUAUUAGGCAGUGGAGUGCUUUGUGUUGUAUAUUUGUCAAUAGAAAGAAACGUACUCUUGAUGCUAAAAUGUACUUUGCCUUGUCUGAAAAUAAAAAGAUAAAAGCUA